UGCGAAUCUCUCAAAUUCCCAACACACUCAGACCUUUGAACAACCGUGGUCUGCACCAACCUUCAGAGAAAGAUGUGAGAAUCCCUGCAUAUCGCUGCGGAAAUUGGUCUGCAGCAUGCUGAUUCUAAGGAUGUACAGUGAACUCCGAGAUUCGUCUUGAUCAGAAGCCACAAUGCCUUUCACCAAAGAAGUCAAGAACUCGCCGUACUUUUCGCGCUUCCAGACCAAGUACAAGCGUAGAAGAGCCGGAAAGACCGAUUACUAUGCUCGUAAGCGAUUGAUCGCCCAAGCCAAGAACAAGUACAACGCUCCCAAGUACCGAAUGGUCGUGCGCUUCACCAACCGCGACAUCAUCUGCCAACUGAUCACCGCCGAACUCUCGGGAGACAAGGUCUUUUGCGCCGCCUACGCACACGAGCUUAAGAGAUAUGGAAUCCAAAACGGUCUGACCAACUGGUCCGCUGCCUACGCCACCGGUCUCCUCCUGGCCCGCCGUGCUCUCAAGAAGCUCAACCUGGACGAGGAUUUCACCGGUGUUGAAGAGGCGGACGGUGAGUACAAGCUCACCGAAGCCGCCGAGGUUGACGGAGAGGAGCGCCGCCCAUUCAAGUGCUUCCUCGACGUCGGUCUCCACCGAACCUCGACCGGUGCCCGUGUCUUUGGUGCCAUGAAGGGUGCCUCCGACGGCGGUCUCUUCAUCCCACACAACGAGAAGCGAUUCCCCGGCUACGACCAGGAAUCCAAGGAACUCGAUGCCGACACCCUCCGCCGGUACAUCUUCGGUGGCCACGUCGCCGAGUACAUGGAGACCUUGGCCGACGAUGACGAGGAGCGCUACAAGUCCCAAUUCGUCAAGUACCUUGACAACGAUGUCGAGGCCGAUGGUCUGGAGGAGCUGUACAGCGAGGCCCACGCCGCCAUCCGCGAGGACCCCUUCAAGAAGGAUGACGACGAGGGUGAGAAGAAGGACAAGGCUCACUGGAAGGCAGAGGGCAAGAAGCACAAGGUCUCGAAGUUGUCCAAGGCUGAGAAGGAGAAGAGAAUCCAGGAAAAGAUUGCUGCUCUUGCACAAUAGAGCCUUUCUAUCUAUCUGCCUGCUUACCCACCAUCUGGUCGAUGUCAAUGGAGUCUCGGAGUGAGUUGAUUACCAUACUCGGGGGGGAUAUGACAUGGAGAAACAAUUGAGAUUGGUUCAGCCUCAGCAUAGUGAGCAGAAGAAAAGUUGUGUCCUUGUCCGGCCCAUUCACAAUGGCCCUGCCGUAGGCAAAUCAAAAAAAAAUUGCCGCCGCCAGAGUGAUUGCAUAUGUUGAUGAAUCAAAGAAUGAUAACCAAAGAAUUUUG